AUGUGCCAUCCAUGGAUCAAAUGCCUACCAAUAUGGGUCUUACUGAUGGUGGCUGAUGGGAGUAUAGUUAUGCCGACAAGAGCUCCAUUGUUUCCCCACAAACCUUUUGUAGUGGUGUGGAAUGCCCCUACGGAACAAUGCCGGCUACGCUACAAGGUGGACUUAGAUCUCAACAUUUUCAACAUUAUAACAAAUCCUAAUGAGACCUUGAGUGGUUCCGCUGUGACGAUAUUUUAUCAUACUCGGUUGGGGUACUAUCCCUAUUUUACUGACAAUGGUGAUCCCAUCAAUGGCGGUGUACCACAGAACCAGAGCAUUGUCAAGCACCUAAACAAAGCCAAGUCGGACAUAGAGCGUUCCAUAGCCAUGAGGAAAUUCCAUGGACUUGGGGUCAUUGACUGGGAAAACUGGAGACCCCAGUGGGACAGGAACUGGGGCCAUAAAGACAUUUACAGAAAUACGUCUCUUGAACUUGUUAGAAAGAGACAUCCUCAGUGGCCCAAAAAUGCAAUUCGGAAAGCUGCUAAGGAAGAAUUUGAACAUGCUGGCAAGAGUUUUAUGAACAGCACCCUUUCCCUUGCUGAAAAUAUGAGACCAAAUGGACUCUGGGGUUAUUAUUUAUACCCAGACUGCUAUAAUUAUGAUUACAAGACCAAUACCAAUGCAUACACAGGCAAAUGCCCAGCUAUUGCAGCUUCACGUAAUGAUCUUCUGCUCUGGCUUUGGAAAGAAAGUACUGCCCUUUAUCCUUCCAUAUAUCUGGAGUAUAUGCUGAAGUCAAGCCCAAAUGCUUUGAAAUUUGUACACUAUCGGGUUAAGGAGGCAAUGCGUAUUGCUUCCCUAGCUAAAAAAGACUACACCUUGCCCGUUUUUGUGUACUCUAGGCCAUUUUAUGCCUAUACAUUCCAGGCUUUGUCGGAGAUUGACUUGGUACACACUAUUGGUGAGAGUGCAGCACUGGGGGCAGCAGGAGUUAUCCUUUGGGGCAGCAUGCAGUAUGCCAGUACUUAUGAAAACUGUAUUACUGUGAAAAAAUAUGUAGAUGGCCCCUUGGGGCAUUACAUCAUUAAUGUGACCUCUGCAGCCAAACUCUGUAGCAAAGUCCUCUGUAAGAAGAAUGGAAGAUGCAUUCGUAAAAACAGUGGCUCACCUGACUAUUUGCACCUGCAUCCUCAGAGUUUUAAGAUUAAGUUUUCCAAAACAAAAGGAGAAGUGUCUGUAGUGGGAGAGCUGAAGAUUAAAGACCAGAAUACCAUGAAAGAAAAAUUUAUGUGUCAGUGUUACCAAGGCUGGACAGGGAAAUAUUGUGAAAUUCCGAGCCUCAAAACAGGGUAUAAAAUUUGUUGUCAAUAA